CUUUGAGAAAGUUCUUAAUGAUGAUUUAUUUGCUGAACUUAGACAUGCAUAUAAAAAAGAACUUAGUUGUGUUGAACAUUUUACAUCACAAACUGUAAAAUAUUUCAAUAGUAUUAGCUAUACUAUAGUUAAUAAUGAUGAUUGA